UCAAAUGCUAGGAGUGAAGUUGUAAUUCAUUUCAUCAUUAUUUGUGGAGCAUUUGAACUUGUUUUAUCUCAGCUCCCAGACAUUCAUUCACUGAGAUGGGUAAAUGCGGGAAGCUCAUUUUCUUUCUACAGCAUUCAAUGCUCUUGGGAGAGCAUUUUCAAUGCAAUGCUUCGAGCAAUACAGAUGUAUUGCAGGCAAACAUUUGCAUGUUUUGAGGAGAUGAUGCCAUCAUCCCGGUCUAUUCCGGCUCACUUUCAUCUAUCUCUACAUGGGGCUAAUAACUCUCAUAGCUGCAGCAAUGCCUUUCUUUGGGGAUUUGUUUCUACAUGCGGAGCCAUUGGGUUUACACCGUUAGAUUUUGUGUUUGCACAUCUAAAAGCCCGGGAUGAUUCGGUGCAAUUCAAAGCUCCAGCUUCCGGUAAUUGUCAUCAACAUCGAUUGGCAUCUGCUCUCAGUUGUGGUCAUUGCUCCAGCUGCCGGUAAUUCUGGGUAGCAUUGAUGCAAUCAGGUUUAUCAUAUUAGAUACCAAGACUUGCUCAUUAUUUCAUGAUAAUUGGUAUGUAGUGAAAUGUCCCUUGUAUUCUAUUCUAUUCUGCAACCACGUUAUUCACUCCUCUAGUACGAUAUUACAUUUUAUUAAAGCAGUUGGUAGUACGAAGUAUAUUUUAUCAGUGUCCUGAAAUAUGGAUAUUUGAAAAAAAUAAAAAUAAAUGCAAAGAAAGUGUAGUUGGGAUA